AUGAGCAAAACCGUCUGCUUGAUCUUCCUUUUGGUUACCCUUCUUGCUGUAAUUUCUACACCAACGGCUGCAGCCGGACUUGAAAAAAAGUGGGAUAAUAAUAACUGUUGCCCAAUUGCUCAAUGUGUAUUCAAGAAGAAGCAUAAGAAACGUUGGAGUAAUGAUGAUGAUGAUGAUAAUAAGAAGAUUAAGCAUAAGUUUGACGGAUUUAUUCAAUUUGUGGAUACCUUUAACGACCAGUUAUAUGUCAGUGGCUUCUUGGACUAUGAGAAACCUAAGAAGAAAGUCGCGGCCGAUGAUCUUGACCCCGAAUUUGACGUACAUGUUACCGACUGUAAUGACUUUAGUUUCGAAAAUAUCGAAGGUGGCCUUGAUUUGGACAAUAUUAAGAAAAUUUUCGAUCUGCCAUUCGCUACAGUCAUCAAUGAUGGCAAGAAAGUUAAGGAUCUUGUUGGCAAAUGCUGUAUCGUAGCAAAGGACAAAGACGAUUUCAAGCAUAAAGUUGUUGGCGUUGCUAAAGUGAAGCAAACCGUAACAUGUGAACCCAACCCCCAAAUUGAUCUCUAG